CUGACGAAUAUAACAAAGGCUCUCAGAUGAUAGUAGACACAGCUAGCUGUCGACAAUGGCCCUGCGGAUUCACUUCUUAAUCCUUUCCAUAGCUGUUUUGGCUCUAAGCACUUCCGCAGAUUACAAUCCGGGUAAUUUUAGUUAUACCGGUCCAAAUGGUCCUGAGAAAUGGGGAAGCUUGAGUCCAUCUUUCUUAGCAUGUUCAAAUGGGAAAGCUCAGAGUCCUGUGGACCUUACAAAGACUGAUAUUGUCAUGAACAAGCAGUUGAAGUCCUUAGAUAGACACUACCUUCCUACAAAUGCCACGCUGGUUAACAACAAGUUCAACAUUGGGGUGCGUUUUCAAGGAAAAGUAGGAGAUAUUAAUAUAAAUGGAAAAAAUUAUUCCUUGAAACAAUUACACUGGCACUCUCCUGCAGAGCACAUGGCCAAUGGUCGUAUUCAUGUUGCCGAGCUCCAUCUAGUCCACCUAACCCAAGAUAAUAAUAACAUAGCGGUGGUGGCAGCACUCUACAAAUUGGGUGAUCCAGAUCCUAUCAUUUCCCAGUUUGAAGACAAGUUAAUUGAGCUGGUCAAGGAGACCCGUGCAGGCAAUGAGGAUGCCCAAAUUGCCCUUGGCACAUUUGACAUGGAAGAAAUAAAUAGAAACUCCCAUAGGUAUUAUAGAUAUAUUGGCUCUCUCACCACUCCACCGUGCAAAGAGGGUGUCACUUGGAACAUCCUUGGCAAGGUGAGGACACUUUCCAAGAAACAAUUAGAGCUCCUAAAGGCACCAUUGGACCCAGAGUUCUGGCACAACGCAAGGCCUCUUCAGCAACUUAAUGGUCGUAAAAUUGAGAUGUAUUACCAUCCCAACCACAAGCAUCACGUACCAAAUACCCAUCAAUAAAUUGUUUGAGGAUAAUGUCUAGUGGUUUUAAAAUAAUAUUUUAUUUUUUUAACUCCAUAAAAUAACAAAUAAAUAAAUAAUUUAAACGUGUUACUAGGAUGAUAAAGAAAAGUAUGAGAAGCACACUUCCAAUGAUGCUGAGUGAGCUUUUAUUCAAAGAUUGAGGUUAAAGCACUUUUUAUUUUAGUCUUAUCAGGGAUACGUUCAAUGAUGUGUUUUAGGAUUUCAUUAAUCAUAUUCACUGAAUAGAAUCAUUAUCGCUUUACUAUU